CUCAUCAGUGCAUCCUACGUAGCAAAUAUUACGUGCAGUUUCCAAUUUGGCCAAGAGAUGGUACUACGCGUAUACACAGCCAGCACAAGGCAGCGGUGACGGGACACAUACCUGGCUUGGGCAAGGCGACCUCCAGAGGUCCCUUCAAACCUCCGCCACUGUGCAAUUCUGUGACGGUGAAUCUAUACUGUAGAUCUAUGCGAAUAUAUGCUGUAAAUGACAAAAACUGCGAGAGUUUGUAUUUAGCUUAAACGACGCGUGUAAGCAAGCAAUUGUAGAGUUUAAUAUGCAAAUACUAAGAAAAACACCAAGCUCACCGGACCAUGUUGUGCGGCAGCUAUCUAGUAUAAAUCCUGGAAUAUUUAUUCAAUACAAAUCUCAUUCUGGAGUGGCUACAACUACCUCCGAAUGCAUCACUGCUUAGGUAAGAUACGGGUCCCCUUCUCCUAUUGUGUAUGUGUCUACAUUGAUCUCUACUUGCAAUUUUAUGGCCUAGACAUUCAGUAUCUUCAGGUUCCUCGACAACUUUUCCAUAGCUGCCUCCCUCAUCUUUACUGCUCAGAAUAACUGAGCAACCUUUGCCACCUCUUGGCUUUUUAGCAGCUUCUCAAAUUAUUUAUGAACUUGUGGAAGAUCGUAGAUGUCUGCAGAACUACUGGUGACUCACUCCACAGUGAAAACUGUAUAUUUCUGCUGCCUUAUUUCCUGUCUUUUGACCAAUUAUUUAUCGACGCAGUGACCUUCCUUUUAUAUUACGGCAACUUUAAGAACAUAUUUAGUCCAAAUCUGCAGUCUGCAUUAUGCUACAGAAAUUCUACUUUUUUUAGUUGUUGCUUUUAACAAGCUUCCUCAUUUUGAAGUGGUUUCACUUUUUUGAGUCAGGCACAGAGGCAAUGAAUGUAUUGGCCUUUAUUUUUUACCCCUUGAAGGGUUUAGGAUCUAAGUAGCUCAGGGACAACGCUGGAGAGCAGCCCUUCAACGCUUACAUUCUGUACGUUAUUUAGAGCCAAGUUAAGAUCUGCAUUUCCUUCUCUGGGGUCCCCAAUGCACAGCUCUUUGAAGAAAUUGUCACCGGCUGUCUUUAAAGGCUUCGCAUCCCACUGUGGAAUUUAACCUCAUCUGUAGCUAGGAAAAGUCACCCCUUUCUGCUCUUUAGUGUGGUCGAGAGAUAAGAGAGUCCUCAACCGCACAGCAGGCCAGCAAGAUAAGCUGAAGUGGCAACAUCACGUCCCACCCUGUAUAAAGAAAUCGAACAAACAACUUCGCAAGUGGAUAAUUUUUAAAGAAAGCUGAAGAAAGGAGCCAUUGCCCACCAGAGCAAGCAGGAGCUGAAGACUGCCACAGUACAGGGAACUAGACAUGGGCCAAGGUUUGAGCAUCAAAAACUGUGAUCUAAAGAUCACAAUGAACAACAGUAACCACCACACAGAAGAAAUCAGCACUGAAAGGCUUAUUGUGAGGCGGGGGCAGCCGUUCACCAUCACUGUGAGCUUCUCAGCUCCACUACACAACUACCUGCGGCAGCUGAAGAGGACCUCCCUCAUAGUACAGACAGGAUCACAUCCUUCCAAAGCAGAUGGAACCCAGACUGAAUUUCCCAUCUCCAGCCUGGGAGACAAGAAGCAGUGGAGCGCAGCAGUGGAAGAACAAGAUCCAUGCUUCUGGAUCAUCUCUGUGAACACGCCUGCCAACGCUCCCAUCGGCCAGUACACUCUGCUUUUACAUGCCUCCAAGUCUCACCGCCUCCUGGGCAACUUCACCCUUCUCUUUAAUCCCUGGUGCCAAGAUGAUGAGGUGUUCUUGGCUAACGAGGCACAGCGGCAGGAAUAUAUUUUAAACCAAGAGGGUAUCAUCUACUGGGGGACUGAAAAUGCAGUCCUAGCACAACCUUGGGACUUCAGUCAGUUGGAGGAGGAUAUUGUUGACAUCUGCUUCAUGCUGCUGGAUGUAGGCGAACGCCAGCAACGAGACAAGGAUCACACCCAGCGCAAGAACCCUAUUUACAUCUGCCGCACAGUCGCUGCCAUGCUGAACUGCGAUGAGUUUAGAGGGAUCCUGACAGAAUAUGGGACCGGGCAAUACGCGAAUGGGACACCCCCUUCCAAGUGGCUGGGAAGCAGCCCCAUCCUCCAGCAGUGGGUUGCAUCGCACUUCAAGCCAGUCCGCUACGGGCAGUGCUGGGUGUUUGCUGCAGUCAUGUGCUCAGUUCUGAGGUGCCUGGGAAUUCCUACCAGGGUGGUCACAGGCUUUACGUGGGCUCACAACACUAACAGCAACCUGAGUGUGGAUGAGUAUUAUGAUGAAGAUGGGACACUGCUUCCACAAGACAAGAGUGCCCGUGUCUGGACCUUCCACGUUUGGAACGAAUGCUGGAUGGCUCGAGCGGACUUGCCACCGGGAUACAAUGGGUGGCAGGCACUGGAUGCCACCUGCCAGGAAAAAAGCAAAGGUGCAUCCUUCUGUGGGCCAGCCCCUGUUAAAGCCAUCAAGGAAGGGGACACAGAUGUUGAUUAUGAUGUCUGCUACUUCUUUGCUGCCAUCAAUGCCAAGUGCCAGGUCUGGAUACAAAAAACAGAUGACACCCUCAAGCCAGCUUUUGGUGGCAAAAAGUACACUGGCAACAACAUCAGCACCAAGAGCGUGGGCAGUGAGCGCUGUGAGGAUAUCACACACAACUACAAGCAUCCUGAAGGUUCUCUUCGGGAAAAAGAAGUACUUGACAAAGCCUACAGAAAGAUACAGAAACUUGAGACAACCAGCAUCAGCAGCGAAACACAGUUUAGCUUCAUUCCUACUGCCCUUGAAGAGCCAGUUAACCUUUUCAUCCACCUCCGGUCGAAGAGUUCUCUGACACUGGGACAAGAUGUUCCGCUUUCCAUUGACGUGUUUAACCACAGUGGUGGAGAAAAGGCUACUCACCUGGUAGUUGGGGCCCAGUCUCUACAUUAUAAUGGUGUGCCCAUUACUCAGCUUUGGAAGGAAGAGUUUCAUUUUACCCUCAAAAGCAAUGAAGCUAACAGCCUGCAGGUCUUUGUGCCUUACUCACAGUACAGAAAAGAGUUGGGAGAGAACCAUCUGCUCAGGCUGACCGCCGUGCUGAAGGACGAGGACUCCUUCUACGUCUACUUCGCACAGGAAGAGAUCAGCAUUUGUGACCCCCCUCUCGCUAUUGAGGUUAGACCAGUCUAUCGUUCUGUUACUGCAGUAGUGAGAAAACAGCUUUCACAGUCACAAGCAGCAAAAAAGUUCUGCUGGGUUGAGUGGCUCUCCUCAUGCUGUCUUCUUUCAAAGCACGGAGACAUCAGUUUGGGAAAGUUUCCAGAAAACAUGGUACAGUAUCAGCCAAGCACAGUGAAGAUCAGCCUCCUGAACCCUCUCUUCGAACCUUUGGAGAAGUGUGUGGUAGUGGUUGCAGGACGAGGGCUCAUUUACAGACAAAGGAAGUACAGGUUGAGCUCUGUGCAACCAGAGAGCAGUCAAGAGCUGCAAAUACCACUCACCCCCAUCCAAGCAGGGCCCCGAAGACUCACUGCACGUCUUACCUGCCUUCAACUCCAGAACCUGAAGAGCUACAAAACUAUAGACGUUGCAGCUGCCUGA